UCAUUUUCAACGCAAAAAUUGAGAUCGUGUGUGUUGCGGAUCAAAAAAAAUGAGAGAGGCCAUCUAAGCUUACGAACGUCCCGUUGCACUGAAGGAAGGAAUUCGUCACAUUUCAAGUUGUAACCCAAUCUGUAGUUUAACAUAGUGACUGUUGUUUGGUGGAUUGGUGAGAAUAUGCACUUCUAUGUAGGGAUUCAAGGAAAUUUUCAGACAAAUUUGAAGUGACAGUUUUCUUUACAUCACAAACUGUCAUGAGCGGCUGAAAAGAACAACCCACCAUCGCUCACAAAAUUGACAGUUUGAUUUGUACAUUCUCUGCCGUUCCCUGUUUCGAUUGACUCUUGGUGCUGAGUGACAGAAAAAACAAGUAGUAUAUUCCUGAUUUGCUGAAAUCAGGAGAAUAGACGUUCCCCCACCCCUCCCCUAAAUCCUGACAGGGAUGUCUAGGGGACCUGGAAGGGGUCAAAACCCCCAUGGACUCAAACUGACCAGCCUGGAUAACAUCUGGGACGACCUCAAAUCUGGCAUCCAACAUGUCUACUCCAAACACGCCAUGCCCAAGAAGAGAUAUAUGGAACUUUACACGCAUGUGUAUAAUUACUGCACAAAUGUACACCAGCUACAGCAAGCCAGGAGCUCAUCGGCUAAGAGCAAGAAGGGCCCCGCCCAGGGCGGGGCACAGUUUGUUGGCCUGGAGCUCUAUAAACGCUUAAAAGACUUCCUCAAGACUUAUCUUGUCAACUUAUUGAAGGAUGGAUCUGAUCUGAUGGACGAGAGUGUACUUACCUUCUACACCAAGCAGUGGGAAGACUAUCAGUUCUCUAGUAAAGUUCUAGACGGUGUGUGCGCAUAUCUCAAUCGUCACUGGGUGCGCAGAGAGUGCGACGAGGGCCGCAAAGGCAUCUAUGAGAUAUACUCGCUCGCUCUUGUGACAUGGAGAGAGCAUCUCUUCAGACCGCUCAACAAACAGGUUACAAAUGCUGUGCUAAAAUUGAUUGAAAGAGAGAGACAUGGAGAAACAAUUAACACACGGCUCGUUAGCGGGGUCAUCCAGUGCUAUGUUGAGCUCGGUCUGAACGAGGACGAGGUGACGAGCCGAGGCCCAACGCUUAGCGUCUACAAAGAAUCCUUUGAGAGUCAGUUCCUGACGGAGACGGAGUGUUUCUACAUGACGGAGAGCACCGACUUCCUUCAACAGAACCCGGUCACAGAGUACAUGAAGAAGGCUGAAAUCCGCUUGAUGGAGGAGAGGCGGAGAGUCCAGGUUUACCUCCACGAGAGCACUCACGACGAGCUAGCCAAACGAUGCGAGCGGGUACUUAUAGAGAAGCAUCUCGAUAUCUUCCACUCGGAAUUCCAAAAUUUAUUAGAUGCAGACAAGAACGAAGAUUUAGCUAGAAUGUAUAGUUUGGUGUCGCGAGUUCCUAAUGGCUUGAAUGAAUUGAUGACCCUGCUUGAGCAGCAUAUCUAUAAUCAAGGCCUGGAGGCCAUAGAGAAGUGUGGAGAUUCAGCGUUAUCAGACCCUAAGAUGUAUGUACAAACAAUCCUUGAUGUCCAUAGGAAGUAUAACGCCUUAGUGCUACGGUCAUUCAACAAUGACUCUGGCUUUGUAGCUGCCUUAGAUAAGGCCUGUGGAAGGUUCAUCAACAGCAACGCAGUGACCAAGAUGGCAAACUCUUCCAGUAAGUCUCCUGAGCUACUGGCCAAGUACUGCGACUCACUCCUCAAGAAGAGCUCCAAGAACCCUGAAGAAGCAGAGCUUGAAGAUACCCUCAACCAAGUGAUGGUUGUGUUCAAGUACAUCGACGACAAGGAUGUAUUCCAGAAGUUCUACUCCAAGAUGCUCGCUAAGAGACUUGUACAUCACAACUCGGCCAGCGAUGACGCUGAGGCUAGCAUGAUCUCAAAACUCAAGCAAGCCUGUGGGUUUGAGUACACCUCCAAGCUCCAGCGGAUGUUCCAAGACAUCGGAGUCAGCAAGGAUCUGAACGAGCAGUUCAAGUCCCACCUGACGAGCAGCGAGCCUCUAGACAUUGACUUCAGCAUUCAGGUCUUAUGUUCGGGCUCUUGGCCCUUCCAGCAAGGGUUCACGUUCAAUCUACCAAGUGAGUUGGAGCGUAGUUUUCAGCGAUUCACAACGUUCUAUGCAAGCCAACACAGCGGUAGGAAACUCAUGUGGGUCUUCCAGAUGUCCAAGGGAGAACUGGUCACAAAUUGUUUCAAGAACAGAUACACACUACAGGCGUCCACAUUUCAGAUGUCGGUAUUGCUACAGUUCAACGUGUCUGAUUCUUAUACGAUACAACAACUACAAGAAAACACUCAGAUUAAAAUGGAUAUGCUACUUCAAGUUGUGCAGAUUUUAGUCAAAUGUAAACUAUUGGAAUGCGAAGAUGGAGAAGAUGACCUCAAACCCACCUCAGAACUCAGGCUGUUCACUGGAUACAAAAAUAAGAAGCUCAGAGUAAAUAUCAACGUUCCGAUGAAGGCAGAACAGAGGCAGGAACAAGAGUCAACCCACAAACACAUUGAGGAGGACCGCAAGUUACUCAUCCAGGCUGCUAUUGUAAGAAUAAUGAAGAUGCGCAAGGCGUUGAGACACCAGCAGCUUCUUGGGGAGGUACUGAACCAACUCUCGAGUCGCUUCAAACCUAGAGUGCCUGUAAUCAAGAAAUGCAUAGAUAUCCUAAUAGAGAAGGAAUACCUGGAAAGAGUGGACGGGGAAAAAGACAUGUACAGCUACCUGGCAUAGCCCUCCCCAAGCCCCAUCAAUAGAGCCUCCCGGCUUGCCCCCAAGUCAAAGGUACCCCCUGUAAAACUCGCUGACAAAUUAAUGAGUCAACUGAUAAACGCGCAACGGAUCUUCUGUCUUUGUCAAAUAUUUUGAAGGCCUUUUUCUUUUCUUUUUUCACAAGUUUGGGUUAAAUGUAUGAAUGCAAAACAAUAGUCAACUCUACAGGUGUUAGCGUUGGCUUUAAGUGCAAUGACUUAGGGGUCGGUUUGAUACAAAAAAAAUACUGUAAAACACACAUUCAGUUUUAAUGAACAUGGGAAGCAGUUGUCAUCAUGCACGGAAAAAGGAUAUUGGCUAUUCAAGGAUUAAGUUAGGUAGGGUGAAACAAAAUUGUUUAGGCAACACCCUCACCCCGUGACCUCUUUGGCUGUCUGUAGCAGCAACAUUUUCAGGCCUUGAACUUGGUUCUUAAUAAGAGGCGCUGGCAGUUUUGUAUAGGAUUAUGCCUGUGGUGCGUGCAAUCUGAUCCCACGAAAGGUGCAUACACCGAGGGCAAUCGACUAAAGCCACGUUUCAUACUUUUUGCGAAUGCGAAAGCGAAGCGAAUUUUGGUGUCGCAACAAUCAGUACGCGUCCAACUUCCUUUUGUGACGCAAUGAAAUUCGCUUCGCGUGAAGCAUUCGCAGGAAGUGUGAACCGGGCUUUAACCUUCACCUAUGACACCAUGCUAUCGUUCCAGCGCUCCAUUAUUUUGCACGAAUUGCGUGAUAUUGUUUUACACGUACCCAUCGUGCCAUUAGUGCAAAAUAAUGGAGCGGCGGAACAAUAACAUGGCGUCACAUGAGGAGGGUCAACCCCUGGUAAAGGGUAGUUCUUUGUCGUAGUUGUCAUUUCAUAACGACAUAAGUCAUUUUCAAGUCUUUUUAUAGCAUUUCUGAAUUUUGUAGGCGAAACAGCUUUUCAGUAACACAGUCGCGCUGGUGCUGAAAUUUAAGAAAGGCACGCAUGGCGAUUUGUUUCACAAUUUGUAAGGCUUUAUCUGCUGUGAACAAUGUUUGGGCAGGUAAUACAUGUCCCUUGUUAUAUACUGUGUCAUCGCCCCCCCCCCCAA